AAAAUAUUAAAUUCAUCCUUCACAGAAUUCUUACAUAUCAAAUGAGUAACAAAACUAUAUUUAACGCUUUGUUUAGGUCUAACAUACUGUGUAGUACUCGCGUAACUCCCGGUACAGCAAGACUGUUCAAAACAACUGCAACUGCUCUUCGUAAAAAAUAUUUUAACAAAAAUGCUCAUCCAAAUUCUAUCUUAUUUAGACUUGAAAGUGCUGCUGCCAAUUUUAAGAUUAGUGCAAUUUAUUCUAGUGAGUUUCGGUUCAAUCCCGAUGGGGUACAGGGACUAUCCAGAUCAAUCUGUUGUCGCAGAUGGGCAAAGCUUCGACUUCGUGGUGGUGGGGGCAGGAUCCGCAGGCUGCGUGCUCGCCAACAGACUCACUGAGGUGGGCAACUGGACUGUGCUGCUCAUUGAGGCAGGGGACAACCCUCCCGCAGUUUCUGAAAAUCCAAUGCUAUCAGUGAUGGCCCAGCCUUCUCUACCAGACUGGGACUACCAUUCUGUAGAUGACGGGUUCUCCAGCCAGGCUCACCGCUCAAAGAACGUCCAUCACAAGACGGGCAAGAUGCUUGGGGGAUCCAGCAGCAUCAACUUCAUGUACUACGUCAGAGGAAAUAGAGCAGAUUACGAUGGCUGGGCAGAGCUAGGCAACACCGGGUGGGCAUGGGAAGACGUUAAGAAGUACUUCAAGAAGGUUGAGCGCUAUGAAAACGCUGAUAAUGAUGACUCUCGAGGUAUCCAUGGACUAACUGGCAUCACCAAGCAAGAGUGGAAACACAGAACGAGUAUGUAUCUCGAGGCUUUCAAAGAAAAUGGACACAAUAUUCUGGAUGAUCCUAAUGGGGAGAAUCAAAUAGGUUAUUCUGCAGCUCAAUUUUCAAUAGCAGAUGGUACUCGUCAGAGCACAGCAGUCACUCAUUUGAAACCGAUAAAAGACAGACCUAACUUCUUCCUUCUCAAAAACAGUUUGGCGAGAAAGGUGUUAUUUGACCAAAAUAAAAAGGCUGUAGGAGUUGAAGUGGGACUAGCAAAUGGAAAAAUUUUAACAGUCACGUCAAAGAAAGAAGUAAUAUUAUCAGCUGGUGCAGUGAACAGUCCUCAGUUGUUGAUGCUGUCUGGUGUAGGACCGAAGGGUCAUCUGAAUGACAUGAACAUUAAACUUGUUCACGACUCCGCAAAAGUGGGAGAGAAUCUUCAAGAUCAUAUGAUGGUUCCCGUGAUGCUGACGGGGGUGAACGGCAUUUCAUCGGUGAUCCAGAGCAUUGAUCCAUUUUUAAAUUGGGAUAGAUUUCCAGUACCGACAUUGAUUGGAUUCGCGUCCUUAAACAAGUCCGAAAGCUAUCCAGACUAUCAGACUACGCUGUGUCCUUUGGGUGCUUCUCAUAUGAUGCUUUUAGUAGUUUGUAGACAAUUGUUUGAUCUGGAAGACGAAGAGUGUUUGGAGUUAUUAGCAGCUUCAAAAAAAAGGGAAACUCUCAACGCGUUGGUCACUUUGCUGCAUCCAGAAUCAAGAGGGAACAUCAAGUUGCGAAGCAACGACCCGGCAGCUCCUCCGUAUAUUUACAACGGGUAUUUUUCCAGCAAGAACGACUUGGAGAAUCUGUCGAGUUACGUCGAAGACUAUGUGAGUGUGGCAGGUACAAGUUGCUUGAAGAGUUUUGGUUCUGAAGUGGUUUAUUUGCCGUUGAAACAGUGCAAGGAUUUGGAGUUGGGUAGUCACGAGUACUGGAAGUGUUAUGUGCUGAAUGUGGUAGGGUCUCACUACCACUUGGUGGGGACUUGCUCGAUGGGUCGGGAUGGGGAGGGGGUGGUGGAUGAGAGGCUGCGAGUGCGAGGGACUGGGGGACUCAGGGUGGCGGACGCGAGCGUAAUGCCGAAGAUUACGAGUGGAAACACGAAUGCACCGGUUCUCAUGAUCGCUGAAAAGGCGUCAGACAUGAUCAAAGAAGAUCACGGGCUAAGCGACAGUUAAGUUUAAUAUGAAAAAUAAUAGACAAAACAAUUUAGUAAAUUAUGUAAGUCCUUAAAGGCCCUUAAUACUGCUGGAUAAAGGACUGUAUGGACUGACAGAUAACCUCGUAUUAAUUAAUGUAUCGACCAAUUGGUUUUCAAUUACUUGUUGGUAGUAAUUUUGUACAUAAGAUAUCCUGUAAUGCUAUAAUUUUUUUUAAAGUUAUGUAUAAUACAAGUACAAUAUACAAUCUCUGCUUAGUUUGUGACUAAGUGAUAGC